AUGGAAAAGUGCAGCAAUAUUAAAAUUGCAGAACUCCAGAAAUUCAUAGAGGAACUUCAGGAGCAGCUCGAUUCUUACGCUGAGGGCGGGCCAAAGUUGGGACCCUGCACCUCGAACACAAUAACACCAAAAGCCUCCAAACCGCUAUCAGAUACCAAUAGACAGAAAAACAGUUUGCAUAAACUCCUUAUUCUAACCGAUGAGCAUGGAAGAAACAUAGACCGUAAUAUCCGCAAACAUUUGGAUUCAGCAGCGGUCAAAAUUGAAGCACUCAUUAAACCGGGAGCUCAAUAUAGUAGUGUUUUGACUGGGUUGGAGUGCUGUAUAAAAGGCUACAGUAGGCACGAUUGUGUUGUCAUUGUUGCCGGAUCAAAUGACUUUUUAAAUAACAAAAGACCAAAAUUCAGUCACAUUCAUGAAAUUAUAAAAAAGUGCACUCAAACAAAUUUCAUAUUUUUGGCUUGCCCCACUCUACGAAAAAACCGCAACAAUGACUACAUACAUCAUUUCAACAAUAAUUUGGAGAAGGUGAUAGGUGCAUUUAAUAGAAUCUCAGAAUCUUCCUUUGAUUACAUUAAUAUAAAUACUGAUGGGGGCUUCAGGGUUAGAAACUGGCUGAUUGGUAGAAUGAUUGCUGAAUCAAUCCAAUUGAAUACUCUUCACACAGAAUUGAAUAAUAGUAUCCUCUCAGUCAACAACAGAUCUUUUCAUACCCAAGCAGCCACUCUGGCAACAGACAGAUCUCCACAAGCCUUUAACUAUACCAGACAUUUAAACGACAAGGAUAUAACCUCUCAUUCCAUUAGCUUAUUUGAAGAACUAAAUGAUACGCUUGUUAGUAGUGUAGCAAGCAAUAAUGGAAUCAAUAAUCAAUCACAAAAUCACGAAAAAGGCGUAAAGACGAGAAUCUGCGGUAAACCUACUCCUUUUUCAGAAAAUCAAAGUUUAAUUUCACAGAAUAGAGAAAUUGAGUUUGCUUUUGUAUUCUAG